GCAACACGCCUCGAGUUGACCGGUCUCUGUCUGCUGCUGUGUGAUCGCUGUCGACGUCUGGCGGGCUAUCCGGUCGCGGAGACCUUUGUCGAGGCCUCGGCCACUUGCAUAACCGGUGGCUCACCGACGGGUCCUCCUCCUGUCAUUGUUGAUGUGGAGAUGGCGGCUGUCGUCAGUACGGAUACUGCUGCUUCUGCUUCCGCUACGGCUCCUGGAGAUUCUCCUCUCGGCGCCAUGUCGGAUGCCUCG